AUGAAUAAAUAAUUCCAUAAAACUUCGCCUCCUGAAAUAUUUCUUACUAUUUAAACUAAAUAAGCAUAACAAGAAGAUUCAAUUGAUCAAAUUAAAUAAGUUCGAUCAGUUAGUUUGGAAAAAGAGCUGGCUUAAUUGAAUGAUGAAUAAGAAACUUAUGAUAUGAUAAAUGAAAUUGAAUAUAAAAUGCUGAAUUUUAGAUCAGAUUUAAGAAGGGAAAGAGCAGAAAUAGAAUCAACUAAAUCAUAAUAGAAAUUGUUAGAGAUUGUUGCUUAAUCUAAAAUUAAGUAACUAGAGACAUCUUUAAAAUUCUCUGUGGAAGCUUUAGAAAAUAAGUUUAUCAGAGAAUAGGGCACAACUAAUGGAUAUGUAGAAUACAUUUAAUAAUCAAUAAGUUAAUAAAAAAAAGAAGAUGCUUCAAUUAGUCACUAUAUAAAAUUACUUGAAAAAAGAGUGGCAUCUUUAGAAUUUGAAUUGGGAAUUGAAAAUGUAAAUAAUUAAUAAGCAUAAUGA